GUGAUUUGGGUCGAUUAUGUCAUGGCGGGUUAGAUGUUUUCGGCGCUUAGUUUUAUUGAAUUUGUUUUGAAUUACCCCGUCAAUGAUCGCGUAUCCUACGUUUUUGUUUGAAAGUGACGGUAUCUAUACUUUAGAAAUUGUUUUAUAAACCUUUCAAAUGCUGAAACAAUUGCAGAUGGGCCUACGCACGUUCAUGCUAAUCGCAUCCAAAGUAUGGAGUUGUUUUUGUUAUAUGUUUAGAAAGCAAUAUCGAGCGUUGGCUCAAUAUCAAUCUGUCAAAUAUGAAAUCUAUCCACUCUCGCCAGUAUCUAGACACAGGUUGAGUCUAGUAAAAAGGAAAAUGCUGGUGCUUGAUUUAGAUGAAACACUUAUACAUUCACAUCAUGAUGCAAUGUUGCGGCCAACAGUAAAGCCGGGUACCCCUCCUGAUUUUGUGCUCAAAGUGACUAUAGACAAACACCCAGUUAGAUUCUUUGUGCAUAAAAGACCACACGUUGAUUACUUCUUAGAUAUAGUUUCUCAGUGGUAUGAAUUGGUGGUGUUCACAGCAUCCAUGGAAAUAUAUGGUGCUGCAGUCGCCGAUAAGCUAGACAAUGGCAGAGGUAUUCUGCGGCGGCGGUUCUACAGACAGCACUGCACCGCGGAGCACGGCUCCUACACCAAAAACCUAUCGUCGAUAUGCGACGACCUCAACAGGGUCUUUAUCCUGGACAACUCGCCGGGGGCAUACCGGGACUUUCCAGACAACGCGAUUCCGAUAAAGUCGUGGUUCUCGGACCCGUUGGACGUGGCGCUGCUGAACCUGCUGCCGGUGCUGGACGCGCUGCGCUUCACGCACGACGUGCGCUCUGUGCUCUCCCGCAACCUGCACCUGCACCGCCUGUGGUAGCAGAUAAACAUGGGCUUUUGUACAAAUUGAGGGGCGCAACGGCGCUCGAUCCUAUUUAUUAUUUUUUCACCUGUUAGACCCCAGCUUCUAUUCAAAUAUACAUAUAGUGUUAAUAUAGUUAAAACGUUUUUUAAGUUUGUUUUUAAAUAAUUGUGAUUAGCGCUUAUAAAUAGACGGUGUAUAUUUUGUAGCCGCCUACUGUAGUAGGACUGGACUUUUCUACGGUUUUCGUUAUCUGCAUUGUAAACAAGUGUGCUCUUAAACUGUACGCGUCUCUUUCAUACUCACUGCGAUGUGAGAUGGUUGUUUUCAUUGUUUAUGUUUUCGGAAUCAUCAUAGAUGAUAUUUGUUUUAAAAAAAAUUAAACUACUUAAUAAAAAAAAUGUCUUCACAAAAUUGUGCAACAGUUGUAUAACACCGCUUUUGCAAUGUCACAUACAAGAUAAAAUAUUGUUAUAUUUUUUAAAUUAUUUACAUAUUAUAUAUUACUCUAUAUAAAACUGUGGUAAAUAUACAAUUUUGGAUUGAUCAACUAUUUACUUUUGUUCUUAAAAAAAACUCGUAAAAUAAUUCAACAGUAACAUGGAAAAUGAAAUUUCAAAUACAUACAUAAAUAAGGACAGAUUAAAUAUUUCUAUCUGAAGUGCAAUGUGACAGUAUUAUUUCUUUAAAAGAAACAUUUUUACCUUACAGUUUAGAGAGGGGAUUUAUAUUUUAUAAAUUGAAUGGUGCAAGUAGAUUUUUUAUAAAGUAGAUUUUUUUAUAAAUAAAUUAUGAAAUCCUACAUUCCGCUAUGAAUUUUUUUUCCUUUCUACAGUACAUCAUGUUAUUUUUUUCUAUGAUAAAUUAGGUUUUCAUUUUGUAUAAGAAAAACAAAUCUUGUUUUAAAUUAAUUAUUUUAAUAACAUAAAUGUUUGAAAGAGAAGCGAAUAGUGUAAAAAGUAACACUCGAUUUGACCCUGGGGUUGGUUACACAUGUAACAGUGAUCAAAUGUCAGCUUGUAAAAUAAAAAAAUUAACAUUAAUAUUGGCAUGUACAGUAUUGUCUACUGUCAUAAAUAAAGUUUUUUCUUCUUCAAUAUGGCCUUUGAUAUUAUGGUUAGGUCAUAAUAAUUCUGCCAAUGUCCGGUCUUUGGCCUGUCAGAUCUUGUCUUGAGGCUUCUCAGUGAGAAAGGAUUUAGCAUUAUAAGGUGACAAUGUGAAGUUGAACACUCUACUGCUGUCAAUAUUACGUAUGUAACUACCCUCAGAUAAUAUACAACAUCUUCGUCAUAUUCUUUUGCACCAGAUUUAUGUCACUUCCACCAACUUAUAUGCCCAACAAAAAUAGAAUAACAUAAUUUUUUGUGCGCAGCAAACACCAAUCAACAACUUGUAAAUAUAAUUUUAGAGAGGUCGAUUUGCCGAAUUUUUAUUCAAUUGCGGGACUUCUAUCCCAUAAUGUCACGGCUGGGACAAAAUGUCCCGAAAAGCUUUCAUGUAUAUAAAAAUGGGCAAAUGACAUCGCAAUGUCUUAUUCUUAGGUUAUCUCUAAGUCACACGCGCUGUGAGAAUAAGUGCAAAGUCACACUAUGACGGUGUGCGAUUAGCGUAAUAUGCAAAAGGGCCCUUCAACGUUAAUCACGUUAAAGUUAAUUUAAUAAAACUUUGUAAACUUUAUAAAAAAACACAUCACUGCUUAUUAGGAAAGGACACAGUCAUAAACCUACCACAUAAUGGAAUCUAUUUAACAAAAUACUCAAAAUGGGCCCGAAAUGUGUUAUUAAGAACCGAUUUUUACCGACUUCAUAAAGGGGGAGGCACUCAAUUCGACUGUAUUUUUUAUGUGUUACCUCAUAACUUUUUUCUAGGCGAACCGAUUUUGAUGAUUCUCUUUUUAUUUGAAAGCUAGGGCUUCUCAUGUGGCCCGAUUUGAUCAAGGUCUGACCAGUACUUUUGAGUUAUUCUUAAUAAUUUAUAGUUGAAGUCGGUUGUACAAAGUUUUUAAUUUUACCACUUGUCUCGUAUUGGCGACGAAUUUGAAAUCAUUAUUUUUCUUACGGUAACCGCUGCUACUUAUUACAAGUUCUUUUUUACUCAAUUUUUCGUGGAGUACAUUCUUGUAUAUACUAGCAAUUUACACCGUCCUAGUGUGGCACUUGCUUUAUGACAAUAGAGUAGUUAACACUACGUAACUAUCAUGUACAAAGUAUACCGAAUCAGUUGCGAUUGGUUUCGUGUCUGCUCGUGGAAGCUAGUUUGACUCGUGCGCGUAUGCCUACACAUAGAUAAAUAGAUAAUGCUUCUAAUAAAAUAUCCUUUGAUAGAUAAAACAAUCUAGAAUAGAGGAAUAAACAUGUAUUCUUCUGGCUUAUUAUUUUUGGUUAUUAUUGAGUUACCAACUAAAGUCGCUUCCAAACUAACUUUCCAUAAAUGCUAACAAUAUUUCUGUUCUCUUAUUUAGAAUAUAUUAUUAUAUACAUAAUAUAUAUUUUUAAUGGUUUUAAAACACAGUAAGUGGAUGCCGUGAUUUAUAGUGAUAUAUAGAUAUCUUUCCUCGGUUUAGAAUCAAAAUUCAGAUGCGUUGUCUUCCCUGAGGACUAACGUAGAAUGCCUCGUUUCCACUUAAAAAGUUCUUCGGUUCUCUACACUCACCAUACGAAACACAGCAGUAUUAAGCUGCUACUUUACACUGCUAUUCUGUGAGAAUGUGGUCCUUUCCUGGACCCAGUAGCAACAUGGACUUACCGGGUAUAAAAAAUGUUGAAGUUUUUUAAUUUUUAAUUUUAUAUCGGUAAAUAGUUCAGAAAUAUAUUAUACAACUGGCAAGCGUAAGUACAACGAACGUACCUCUCAGCAGUUGUGGAUAUACUUAUCAUCAUCAUCAUCACGACAACCCUCUUCACAAGUCCACUGUUGAACAAUGUCUUUUUCAAUGAAUGCCACGCAUAAGAGUAGAUACUAUCGAAAGACAAUUACCAUACAGUCUCAAAUACACAAAGGCGUUACUUGCACUCUUCAGUGACACACGCUGGCGAUGUACAAAUAUUUUGUUAGGUUAAUAAUUAACACCUUUGUACUCCCGUUACAUUAUAAAGCAAAUGGGUCAGCUUAUUCUAAAAGGAAUUACAGGGUUAAGCUUUUUAAGGCUAUUUACAUAGUUUUUUAUUCGGUUAAAUUAGCAUUCACGGAGCAGGCACUAAGAUUUUUAUUAUAUCUGUUAUGUUAUAUCUAGACUAUUUAGGUAUCAUGAAACUAGACUAUCUAUAAUUAUAUAUACCUUGUCUUCGUACAUAUAUGAGACAUGUGUACAGCUGUUGAGGAAAGAUAAUUUUGAACUGUAUUCCCUUACUCAUAGACAAAAGUCCAGAACAGGCAUGAACUCAAGAUAGAAAAAAAAACAAACAAAAUGAAUUACUUUUGUCUUGAAAUAUUAUCAUUAAAUUUAAAAAUCACUAAAAUAAAUGUGAAGGUAAAUUAAAGUUCAAAUAUUUUUACUAUCCUGGGUCCAUAUCUGUAUAUAGUUACUUUUUUUAAUUAUGGUUAGGACAACAUUUGAGCUAGACAUCACAUAUGGCUAGUGGUAAUAAAGGCACACAAAACACGUCCAUCAAAAAAGUUAAUAAAAACGGACGCUUUCCAGUAGAACUUUUUCGGUCAUGUAAAGUGUGACACAAAUAACUUUGAUUCGCUGGGCAGAACUUUGUACAGUCAGUUACAUAAAUUAGGGCUUAGCGAUCGUUUUUAGUGAUUCGAUUAAGGAAAUUACACACCAUGUAUUCUUCAAACCAAAUAGUUGAAAUACAUAGUUGUUAGUGUUUGAAUAUAUUAGAAUUUAUACAUAUGUUUCUUACUCGUCGGCAGGCUUUGAACUAGUCGUUUUUUUAUAAAAUCUGAUGAAAAAAAUACCUCCAAGUAUUGCUUGAUACCCUAGUGUUCGGUGUAAAGUUCCAAGCUGUUUUUAUCUUCACACAACUUUUGAUGACAUACAACUGAUCAAUUUCAGUUCUGCAAAUUUGUAAGAAAUAACUUAUUGAGGCGAAAUUACAUGUCAUUUUUUCGAUUGGUUUGCUUUUUUGGAUUUUUUACAAAAAAAAACGAGGUUCAAAAAUUUUACACACUAAAAGAUAAUUUCUUUUUCCUACGAAUAAAAGCCUUAACUGUCAUGUUUCUGGAAUGAAAAUGCUAAAAUGUCUAUGUGUUGUUUUGUUUUUGUAUAGACUUUAUAAUUCAAGCUGUCAUAACUUUUGUAGUACGAGUAUUUAAAUUUUAAAGACCAAUGAGACGAAUUAUUUUUAACGUUCUGUGUUUUGACAUUUAUUCAUAAUCACUCAACAUUUUUAUACAAAAUAAUUAUAUCCGUUUUCGUAUAAUUCAAAUAUGAUGGCAACACAUUAAUUCACCAUUUUUUUUUUACAUUCUCUAAAUGGACCGUGUUAUGUAGAAAUAUUAAACCCACAAAAGCAUAAAGUUAUUCAGAUUUAAAAAUCAUAUUAUGUAUACCAUUUUAAAGAAAAUUGAAUGUAGAUUUUGGGAUUACUUUCAUACUUAG